ACACCAUGUACAGCCCGGCUACAGCAACCAGGUGAUCCAGCAGCGGCUCGAACCCGCCGCAUCCACACCGAACCAUGCUGCUGCACGACGCGAGGUAGCCCGGAGUCUCGGAACAGAACAGAACAGAUGGUUUGGGACGCGACCGAACAAAAAGCGCUCGUACUGGAAGCCGCAGACGCGAUUCUAAUCCAUGCAGACGCAAAAACCAGAGGAUCCAGAAACAAGAACUGAACUGCGGCGUUUCUGAAGAGACACAGGAGGGAAUAAAUCUGAAGCACUGGGUUCAGUUCCCCUGUAAACUGAAUAAAUAUGGGAGCUUUAACAAGCAGACAGCACGCUGGAGUAGAGGAGGUGGAUAUUCCAUCCAAUUCAGUCUACAGAUACCCACCCAAAAGCGGGAGUUACUUUGCCAGCCAUUUCAUCAUGGGAGGAGAGAAAUUUGAUUCGGCCCAACCUGAGGGCUACCUGUUCGGAGAAAACACUGAUCUUAACUUUCUGGGAAACAGACCAGUAACAUUCCCCUAUAGUGCUCCACUACCUCACGAGCCGGUGAAGACCCUCCGCAGUCUCAUCAACAUCCGUAAAGACACGCUCCGACUGGUCAGAUGUAGUGAAGAUAUGAAGCUGCCUGGUAAUGAGGCCGGAAAGAGCCACAGUUGCUACAAUAUCGAGUUUACAUUCGAUGCCGAUAUGCAAGUCGCCAUCACGAUUUACUACCAAGCGAUCGAGGAAAUCCACAACGGUGUGCCAGUGUACCUGCCACAGGACACGGCUCUGAAAUCCGAGACGGUGCAUUUUAAGAGAGGCGUCUGCCAGCAGUUUUUCUUACCCUCUCAUUCCGUCAACUUAUCCGAGUGGUCGGACGAGGAGCUUUUAUUCGAUAUGGAUAAAGAAGUCUUCCCCAUGGUGAUUCAGGCAGUGGUGGAUGAAGAUGAGCAUUUCAGACAUUCUCAUAUUCUACUUGCAACUUUUGAGAAGCACAUGGACGGCAGCUACUGUGUGAAACCCUUGAAGCAGAAACAAGUAGUGGAUGGUGUUAGUUAUUUACUUCAGGAAAUCUAUGGUAUAGAAAACAAAUACAACUGCCAGGAAUCAAAAGCGGCUGACGACGAGAUCAGCGAUAACAGCGCGGAGUGUGUGGUCUGUCUGUCCGACGUGCGCGAUACGCUCAUACUUCCCUGCAGACACCUUUGUUUAUGUAACGCCUGUGCAGACACACUGCGCUAUCAAGCUAACUGCUGUCCCAUCUGCCGUUUACCAUUUCGAGCUUUGCUGCAAAUUCGAGCCCUGAGGAGGAGUCCUGUCUCCACUACGGGUUUUAAUCCAACCAUCAGCUCGCGGUCCUCUGACUCCGAAGAGCAUUCGGCUUCAGAACACUUCCCUCCAGGCUUUGAGGCCGUGUCUCUUUUGGAGGCUCUGAACGGCCCCCUGAACCCCUCACCGACCGGUCCGGCACGGCAAGGCGUGACGAAGGCUCACAUCUCUGGAACUCUGCCUGCGUACGCCAACGCCAGCCAUCACGCGGCUGUACAAUCACUUUCUCAACUGGAGCACUGCAUCACCUCCGGCCAGGCGCUCAAACUGAAGAAGAGCAGCUCCAAGUCGCUCUCCCAGAAUUCUUCAGUGCUGCCUGAGGAGGAGGAUGAAAAGUCCUACAGUGAAUGUGAGGUUCAGGCCUGCAGAAGGAAACUGCCUGUCGACCAGCAAGAGAGUGGUGUUACUCCAGAGAGCGAUAAUCUCACCCUGUCCUCAUGUGGCGCUAUUGAGCGUUCCUCGUGCAGCGGCACCCCCCUGUCCUCCACCAUCACCUCCCCUGACGACCCCGUGAGCAGCAGCUUGGCUCAGUCGGUCAUGUCCAUGGCGUCUUCACAGAGCCAGACGUCCCACAUCAGCACCGGCACGCUCUCCUCCAUGUCCGGCUCCUACCUGGCCGGGGCUGAGGGGGAGGAGAGGCACGAGAACACUCCCGAGAGUCGAACACCUUCCCAACGUGAGAGCGAGAAGACCCCCAGUGAGACUUACGAGCUCAGCUACAUGGUAGCGGUGAUUGAAGAACAGGAUUCAGAGGGAAAUGAUGUGACCGAGGAGGACUGUGCAUCUCCUACCAAAGACCAGGGUGGGCGCCGGGGGAGCGAGGUGCCUUGUCCAGAGUUUGACAAUAACAAUCAGGGGCGAUCUGACACCCACUGUGUACCAGGCCUGGACAAUGAACAGGCUCCUGAUGGCCAAUUUGCUGGACUGCUCUACCUCGAGUCCUACCAGCGCUCCCAGGAAUCUCUGCAUCAACGCGCCUCCCCCAGAAACAUCAAUCUGGAAGACGCGGGGGUCACGAACGUGGGGACCAGUCCGAAAAACUCACCAAAAAAGCGUCACACACCACUGGCUGUGUGAAACCAACAGUUCCAUACUGAGGAUCAGUCUCUGCUGCCCUGACCAAUACCAGCAUGAGGGUUAUUAAACUCACAUGCCGGAUGAUUUCACCCAAUAAUUACUACUGAUUUUUUUUUGGCUAAAGAUUAGCACCGGUACCAGUGAAUGUAAGGAACAUACUGGUAGGUUUGAUGGGAAUGAAGUAUUAAGUAUUAGGUUUGUUCUCACCACAGAAACCUCUUGAAGAACUUUAGAUCUAUUAUAAGAGAGCAAUAUUAAAGAAAUGGAAUGUAGAUGUAGAAAUGAGUUAUUAAUUCUAUGGAACAGCUCUGCAGGUCUCUGUGGAAACAAACCUAAUAACACUGGAUUAUAUACAGUGCUGUAAAAAAGUAUUUGCCCCCUUUCGGAUUGCCUGUGUAUAUCUGUUACAUGGAAUUAUAUCGGAUCAUUAAUAAAAACCUUAAUAUAACUAUAUUACAGAAAAUUACACAUUGGAAACUUAAGUGGAAACACAGUUUGUAUUAUUUAUUAAAACGUUUCCAACACUCUCAUUAAAAGGUGAUUUUCCCCUUAAUUUAAGACGCAUGGUCGCACACACACACACAAAUAAAGAAACACGCCAUUAUGUGGUGAAUUUAGAGACAGCGCACUUUCAUUAAGAACACUACAGCGUGUGGCUGAUUACAUUUCCCAGACUCCUGUGCGCUGCUGUGUUUAUUCCUCACAAUAUAGUGGCAUCUAUGCUUUACAAAGCAGUGGACUUCUUGAGGGAUCUUCAAAAAGUUUCCGCACUUUUAUAUUUCCGUUGGAAGCGGUGGGGGUGGGAGGAGGAGUAAUCGGUCGUGUCUGAGAGACUGAGAGACGCUUAUAGUCUGGAUUUAGCUCCAUCUGAUUUCCACCUUUUUGGAAGCUUUUUCAUGUGAUGAUGAUGUGUAAGCAGAUUUUUGUUUUGUCACUGUUUUGUUUCCUGUUACUAAAAUGAUGUGAAUUCCUCCAAACAAACAUAUUCCACUUACUAGCUUUGCAUACUGUUAUGAUCUGUCCCAACAGUUGUUGAAAUAUUUUGGAAUGGCAGGACACCCCCUCACUCUUUCCGACAAACACACACUGUACAGUAGAUUUGGUUCCACUAAUGGUUAAUGUACUGGGCUAGUAAUCAGAACUGUGCUGGUUUAAGCCCCACUGCUGCCAAGUUGCCACUGUUAAACCACAGUUGGACCCCUGAGCAACCCCCUUAACCCUCAAUUGCUUAAACUGUAAGUCACUUUGGAUAAAAGAGUCUGUUAAAUGGUAGAAAUGUAAAUAUAAUGUUCAGUUCAUGGUAAAGUCAGGCUGUUUAGGGCAGUGGUAGCUCAGCGGUUAAGGUACUGAAACUAGUGAUCAGAAGGGUGCUGGUUCAAGCCCCACAGCUGCCAAGCAAGGCCGUUAACCCUCACUUGCUUAAAUUGCAUACAGUCAUAAUGGAAAUCGUUUUGGAUAAAAGCGUCUGCUAAAUGCUGCUCAUGUAAAUGUGAAUGGUCCCUGGUUCAAGCCCCACCACUGCCAGGUUGCCAGUGUUGGGCCCCUGAGCAAAGCCCAUAAGAGCUUUAAAUAAAAGCAUCUGCUAAAUGCCAUGAAUGUAAAUGUCUGUGUGAGGUACCUGGGCAGGCAAGGACACAGGCUAGUGGGUAUUGGAUUGGUUCAUGGGUCAAAUUAGUUUGUUUAGGCUGGCACAGUGCCAUCAACUCAGGUUUGUCAAUUUUCUAUUGAAAAUGACAGGGGCAAAUAUGCAAUAACAGAAGGUAUCCGAGAAGGGGCAUUUACACGUUUAUAGCACUGUAGUUAUAAAUGAUGCAUUUUAAAAACAUGAAAACAACUAAAAACUAACAGCUCCCGUCUGGAAAUCAACUCCUCGUCUGCAUGUACACAAUCUAUUACCUAAAAAAAAUAUUUCCUGUUUUUUAUCCACACGCACCACACACAUGCUGCAAAUACUUAGUAACACGCUAAAAAAACUGCUAAGCAGUCUGUGAAAUGAUUAAAAUAAACAGUUUAUAUCAUGAUAAGAACCCAAAACAGGGUUUCUGGGCUGGACUUUAGAGCAAUAACACAAUUCUGUACUGUUACUCACUGAGCUGCUCUUACUGCUGUGCAUGUUACAAUCCACAUAAAAACCUAAAGCUAUAAAGCUGCCUCGCCCGAACUCCAUAUCAGAAAAAUACACACACAGCAGAGGUUUAAUCUGCAAACAGUGUUCAUAUCAUAUUUAAUAUCAGAAAGUACAAUCACGUUCUGUUUACUGAUGGAAGCGUCUGUGUUUCUGAUAGACUGCUAGUGAAACGGUCACUGUUGCCACAUUUCCAUGUAAUACUGGUAGCCUGGCAAUCUUAAAAUAAGUAUACCACACAGCGAUGUCACUCUGCCAAGCAAAGUGCCAGGUCAUGUACAGUCUUAUGCCAAACUUUGGACUCCACUGAUUAAUAUGUUACCAAACUACAGGGAACAAACAUUAGUAAAUUUUUAUGCAUGGUUACUGUUUAUUUGCUGAAUUUGAAAAUCUGCAAUGCAUGUGCAAACGUUUUGGCACAAUUUACAAACCCCAUUUCUGAAAAUGCAGCAAGAACAAGAAUCUGCUUUGUUAUCUCUCUUGAAUCUUUAUAUACCUGAUAAAAGUUAAAUUUUUUUUAAUGUUUUUACCGAUCAACUUCAUUGUAUUUUAUACAGGGUGAGUCAAAAUUAUGUUAACACUAAUGGAUCUAUUCCCCACAAAAUGUGUGUCCCAGCUUUAAAUGGUACUGUUGCUUGCUGGAUUUUGUGUGUUGAACAUGAUGGCAAACAGGUCGAGACUGUCCUGUGUCCUGUAAAUCAUCUUACACAUAUGAAGUACGUUUUGUGAAUAAAUAGUUUUAGCCAAUUUAAAUUUAAUGCCUACGUGUUAACAUAAUUUUGACUCACCCUGUAUAUUUGAUGACACAUUUAAAAAAAAAAAAAGUUGGGACGGGGGAAUGUUCACCACUGUUCCCUCCAUCUUUCAUAUUAAUGGCACUUGAGAACUUAAUGAUUCUCAUUUUCAUGCUGCACCAUACAUUUUCAAUAGGACACCCAGACCUAGAUCUGGACGCAGGCAGGCCAGUCAAGCACACGCACUCUGUGUCUAUGAAGCCACACUGUUGUAGAGCAUACAGAAUGCGUCCUGGCAUCGUCUUGCUAAAAUAAUCAUAGGCUUCCUGGGGAAAGACGGCCAUUAGAAAAGAAGGCAGCACGUCUGUCUAAAAUCACAAAAUAACGUUCGCCUCCUCGUCGAUGGUUCAUUCACACAAUGCCAGUCACAUGACGUGGCACUGGUGUUGGCUUUUACAUCUGUUGCUUAUAACAGUCUGGAUGUCCUUAUUGUCUUUGUCACUGUGUUGUAGGCAUUAAAUUUAAAUUGUUUAUAUUUACAACAUACGAUCGAGUUGCUGCU